GUAAGGUUGUCUACACAAAAGACUGGGCAAAUCGAUCGCGGUCGAGUUGCCGUGCCUUGUUCAAAAAACAGCUGGUUCACUUGCAUUGCAAUACGGACAGGAAUAGCAGCCAUCAGCUGAUUGCUGAGAGGGGCUAUCAAGAUCGGAUGCAUAGCAAGCCGAAUAGGCUACUAAUUUUUGUCCUGUGAUAACUUAUUUUUUGUAAAUUCGAACUACAAACUGAAACCAUUGUUGGAGAAGUGCUGCUGUUACUUCACUUUAUUGCAUUCCAGCAGAGUCAGAGAAUUAUUUCGAUUUCUCCUCGAUCUCAUCAUCAUCGCACUUUCGCAGAUGAUCACUCAGGCUUUCCGUCCGUCGUUGACUUUGACCCUUUUUAUAUUAUAUCCGAUUUGAGAAAUUUGUGGGACAAAUUGUCAAUAGAAAAGGAGCUUCCAAAGAUUUCAACCAAAGUACUAAGGAAAGGAUCUACUUGUUUAGAUUGUAUUUCAUACAAAAAAAAUCUGAAAUAUCACCAAAUUGAUUUCGAAGUGGACUGCCAGACUUUCCGCGCAAGUUGGACUGCAAGCACUGUACGGUACAUCGGGCUCUGAGUCUGAGUGUUGUUGCUCUUGUCUUGACGCUUGGCAAAGAUGACUUGCUGUUUGACAUUUAUAUCUCAUCCACAAGGUUUGACCUUGCAGAAUGGGCCAUUCUAUUCAUUAUAUGACACAGCUGGUGGCGACUAUGAAAAGAUCUGGAAUGAACACUGCGAAGAUGAAGUCUCCUUGGGAGAAUAUGCCUAUGCCAUGCAACACCUUGCUCAAGAACAUUGGUCAGCUAAACAUGCAGAUGACAGGAUAAAAUGGUGCCAUGAUGCUUGCAUAGAAUACUUCUUUCAAGGUGGUAUGAAAACUGUACUGGACAAGGAUAGGAGGAGAAGGGAACACCAUCGACAAAGGAAGGAGGAAUCUAGGUGGCUGUGCAAUGGCUCUACCUUCGUUAGGAACCUUAAUGGCAAUUCAAAUGGCAACAAUAUAUCAUCAUCAUUACUCUCUUCACUAGAAGAAUUUCACCAACAGUAUUUUGACCAAACACAUCCCUUAGGCAACAGGCAUAAUGCAAUAUCUCUGCCAUUUUCUGGCCAGUUAAGACUUCUAGAUGUAGGCAGCUGUUUCAAUCCAUUCCUAGAAUAUGAUGAAUUCCUAGCAGUUGGUAUAGACAUCUCACCCGCAGUUGAAAGUGUUCAUAAAUGUGACUUCUUGAAUCUUCAAAUACAACAACCUCUUCAAGUAGCUCCAGACACAGUAAAUAGAUACCUAAGAACGUUAAAAAGUCCUGUGGAGACACUUCCUAGGGAGUGCUUUCAUGUCAUAGUCUUCUCUCUGCUUCUGUCCUACUUUCCUUCACCAUACCAAAGAUGGAUUUGUUGUCAGAAGGCUCAUCAACUGUUACAGAUGAAUGGCCUUCUCUUAAUCAUCACCCCUGACUCCUCUCAUCAGAACCGCAAUGCUGGUAUGGUCAAGAGCUGGAGGACUGCCAUAGAGUCAUUGGGGUUCACCAGAUGGCGCUACCGUAAGGAUACACACAUGCAUUAUAUGGCUUUCCGUAAGACUUCUCAAGAACCACCAGGUGAUCUGUCUGGCAAUGAAGUUGGACCAGACAUGCUCUACAUCCCACAGGACUUUAAUGAAGAAGUAGAGGAAAGCGUGUUUUCUGACUGUCUUCCCAAGACUGAAGCAGAGAUAGCUGACUUGAGCGAGGCCUUCAAUGAACUGCCAUCACAUUUUGUUGAUGAUUUAUCUGAGCUAUGGUAGAAGUCUUCAAUAAGACUAUAUCAAAAAUAACCUCAGAGUAGAUAGAACCUUGGACUUCAGUUCUUUCAAGAUGGUGUUUGAAUGAGUAUAUUUGUUUCAGAUAGUAUAAGUGCCUUUUUCCAAACUCACCAGCUAUCAAAUCUUGUCACUAUGAAUAAUGUAUGCAUGUAAAAAAAAAAAAAGACUAAAUAUGGUAUAGAUUGGCAGAGAGGGGGGGGUAUUUUCCAUGGCCUGUGAAGACUUUUUUUUUCAUAGCGUUUCUGAUAAUAUGGAAUGCACAUGAAAUGUCAACUGUAACUUUGUGAAAAGCUUGAGUGCUGCUCACAAGAUGUCACCAAAUUUAAACAUUUAAUAUCUUGUUAUUCUUUAGUGGAAUGUGGUUAACCCUUUAUUGAUAUGUCUCAGCCAGCUUGCUGUUAUGAUGAACACCCUUUAAUGAUUGAAGAGUACAACAUUGUGAAAGUAUCUUCAACUAGAAUUUUAAUUUUGAAAUGGAAAACCCAUGUGAUCAUAUAUCCCAUUGCUUUGGUGUAAUGAAGUAAAAGUCACAUUGGUGUGUUGUGUCAAUUGGAUGUUCUUGUGAAUUGUUUUAGCAUUUGAUCACAUAACAAAUCAGUUGGAUGUUAUAUAUGUGUGAUGCUUAAAAGUAGCAUGUAGAAAUGAUAAAUGACAUACAGUCUUGCAAUGCAACUGUGUAGAUCAUCUCAAAUGUUCCACUAUAAAUUAGGUUGUAAAAUACUUAUCCCCAGUACCCUGUCAUACCCUUUUCCUCAUUCUUCCUAUAUUCAUCACAAUUCUAGUACUCUUUGAAUUUAGACCCCCCCCCCCCUUUUUUUUUAUAGAGUGGGGUUGGGUGGUCUAUCUUACUAUAUUUAUCAACCCUGCUUAGAAUCAAAGUUAGUAUUAAUUUUUGUAAUAAACAGGGAGUACUACUUUAAAUUUUAUCCAAUCUGCUGUUUGAAAAAGUUGGUUCCAGAAAUUCUACAGUCCACCCACUAUUGAGUGAUGUCAUGGGUGGUAUUGGUAAGAGCCUGUCUUAAGUAAAGAUUCAAUUUCAGUGUUAGAGCAAUAAUGAGAAAACACUCCCUUCUAUUCAUAUGAGAAGGAUUUAAGUUGGGUUCUAUGUCUGGACAUCUUUGCUAUUGGAACUUUCAUGUCUUACAAUAUCCAAAAUAUUUUCCAACAGUUUUGUGUAGAUUUGCUUGGAUUUUUAUUUUCUGUUUCAUCUGUCCAGACAUAUAAGGUCUUUAUUUAUAUUCUGUCGGCAUUCACCAGCCAAUUAAUCAGUAUUAGCUCUAUUGAACAAGAAAUGCUGUAUUUUUCUCACUUAACAAACAAAAUUCAUCAUAUCUACCUAUCUAUACACCUUUAUUCUGAUGCUAAUUUCUUACAAGGUCGGUGAUUAUUUUUGUGGUCACUAAGUUGUGAACAAUUCAUCUUCAGUAUUAUUAUUAUUAUUCAGUGCACUUCUGUAGUGUGAACAUUAUGAUGAAAUAUCACUGUGAUAUGAAGUAUAGUGCAAUUUUUCUCUUAUGACCGUUGACAGUCAAUUUUAGGAAGGUUCUUGUACAUUUACUAGUGCUGUUAUUGAUAACCUCUUUAUCAUUGUCAAUAAUACCCACUGUUAGGGACAUGAUGGAAUUUACGGAAACAGCCCUUUGAAAGCGGUUUUUCAAACGGCAAACAUAUUUUUCCUCAAAAUGCACAAAACAGCACCAGAAAUUACUCCAAAAUCUCAACAAAAUACAAAUACUUGUCACAAAACACAAUCUCUCUUCACCAAUAUUCAAUCAAUGCAUAAAAAGUGUGAAUUGAUUAUCAUUUUUGUCAAUAUUGGAAAGAUAUGUUUUUAGUGAUUUAUUGACAGAAUUUUAUUGCCCAUAACGGCACUAGCAUUUACAGCAUUUCAAAUGAUAAGGUUUUGUAAUAGUUAAUGCUGCAUUUUGAGCUAAUUUCUCCAAGGGCUUAUUUAUGACUUUGGAUGUUAUCACCCUACUUUAACUCAAACAUCUAUAAAAAAAAAAAUUCCUACUAUUUAUACAUCCAUAUACCUUAUAUUGUUUCAAUUCAAAACAAGGUUGAUUUACAUGUAAUAGGGAUGAAUUCAAAGUUGUGAGAGUUAGAACCACUCCACCAAGAAGCUUUAAUGAUAAAUUUCCAUGGAGAAUGAAUAUGCAUUGAAGUUUCCCACGGUGAUCUGAUCCAUCCAUUCUCUCUUGGUGCAUAGUGAAUUUUACAUUUAUAUACUCUGUAUGUCACACCAAAGAUGUCAUUUGUGUAUAAAACCCAGCCACUGGCCAACCAUGUUUAGUUUUUUAGAGAGUUGUGAUGUCCAUUCCAUUUAUGCUCUAUAUCAACUAUCUUACCUUUGCUUUUCAUUUUAAUUUGAUAGUCCAUCCAAAUAUAACUUUGUUGAUGUAGUGUGUACACCAAAUAAGGUUUUUUUCAUAAUAUUUUCAUUAUAUGCAAAAGGUAAGCAUGAACUGCAAACCAUUGACGUGUAAUUACAUGUAGUUGCAUUCCCUGCUAUGACAACUAUUAGAGUGAACUCUCCAAUAGUAUUGUGAUUUUUUUUUAUGCACAUCAGAAGCUUUCUAAAUGCCAAAUUGAUUAUUUUCUGUUCUACCUGUACUUAUUUUGUUAGUUGUCAAGACUGAUUUUAUAAGCCACUAUGUCAUGAACUUCUUUCUGUAAUUUUUUGUUCUCUAUCUUGUUUUUUCUUUAAAAAAAAAAGCAGAGUGUACAUGGGACGGGAGGCAACCAAAUUUAAGUACUUUGUAUAUUAUAUUCCUCUUGAAAUAGCAAAGUAAUGUUAUAGGUGAAUCCUCAAUUUCCAGUGGCAGAAAUAAGAUUGAAUAAAUGAAAAAUAUUGGAUGCGAAAUAGUAUUUGAAUUAUUGCAUAGGACAAUCUGUUGUGCCAAAAUAGAAAAAUACUUAGGUAUAAGCUGGACAAUGGACAGCAUAACAUAUUCCAAAAUCAUUAUUUGACAUCCAGUUUUCAGUGACAGGGUUUGCUAGCUGGCUAAAACACAAUGUCUGGAAUAAAUAUAUCGAUAUAAAAUGCUAGGAAUAUAUAUCUAUGUUUGUACAUGUUUUAUGUAUUUGAAAUACUCUUGUUGAUAUUUGAUAUUUUAUUAAGAAGAGAUUGAUUAAAUUUUGCAAAAGCA